AUGAUCAGUCUGCCUGAAUCCUCGAAGCCUACUCAGGAUACGUAUAAAACCGACCUGUCUCCAUGGAGGCAAAGGGAUUUUGCGUCACAUCGACUAUCUUCGAACGCGUGUUGUACAGAGGCGCGUAGACCACAAGGAAUCUACUCGCUCCAUCCCAUUCUCGGAUUGAACUCCCAAUACAAGCACUGCGUUCCAGUUACUGAUGCUCCAGAUCAGUUUUUCCUUAGCGGAAUGCUCGCACUGGUACCCAUAUUGUGUCCCGCAUCGGAGGCGCAUACACCAAGAGGAACUACAGUGGGAGCUCGUCGGCACUUUCAUACAAAUCGACUGCCCAGUAUCCGGCAACCAUUAAGUCGAAGUAAAAAGUUACAAUGGAGAAGUGCCAUACCACGGCAAACGAAUAACAACGCAAUGCCUGGAAGACACCUAGUGCUAACAGAGGAUCAUACGAAACUGUCUCCGUCGAGUAUCGCAGUAAACUCCAUCAACUCUUCGCCAUCACAUCGGUUUGAUCAACCAUGCACGUGCAUCCAUUGCAGGUACAUGGGACCGAAUCGUGUGCGCACACUGUCGCCUGCAACAGUACGAUCCCCAGACCCAACCAUCACGGAUCUGUAUCAAGCCAAAUCCUUCACUCUAUCCCCUGAGCUGAGUCCACGGGAGAUAUUCUCCGACUCAUUGGAGGUUCCACCGUCCAUACCUGGGAGGGUUCCAAUACUGGGUGGAACGUGGGCUUGGGAUACGCGAUAUGUACCAUAUCAGUACCCCGAGGCACCAUGGCUUCCUAGUGGUAAGCUGUCUUCCCUCUAUGUCAAGCAGUUCACAUGCUGCAGGUGUGGCAAAAAGAAGAGGAUAACAGACAGACGCGUCGGGUCUCCAGGUGAAAUGCCGUGUUGUCGAUCAGUUCUACAGAAGCGUCGUCACAAACGCUAUGCGUUUCUACAUUCGGAUGCGGCAAAAAUGGAAGGUAAUUGGCUGUUUCAACCGAGAGAAAAAAUUCCCGAGCGUUUCCCAGAUGAUGACUGUGCAGGUCAUUGUCAGCUGAUGCCCAGAAAUGCUUUCACCAUUGGCGAUAGCUCGACAGAAUGGCGGCGUGCGAAGUCUGUGGAGUUGACAGGUGGAAACACUCCUGCCCGCCCGGCCAGUGAACAAAAAAUUUCUUCUUCAAACUAUUUUCUCAAAGGUGGAAGACUGUUCGGAACACCUGUACCGUUUUCUUUGUUUGAGAGAGACAUGCCACCAAAAGAUCCGGAAACAAAAAUAAGUCGCUCCACCUCCCCAAUCCAGGGAUCGCGAGACGCCAAGUCGGUGAUCAGGCCGAAGCCAUGUCCCAGAAAUCUGGUCCUUCCGGUUUUGUCGCCUCCCCAUGGGCCAACUGAUGAGCAAAUGCAUCGGUAUCUUAGACGUCAUUGUCAUCAGCGGGUUAUUGCCUUCAAUGAUGCCGACGGAAUAUUUUACCCCGGCUUGAUUCAAAAGUGUGUAGCACCGGAAUCGUCAAUCGUUCGGUUCAGGCACAAUGGAACUCUGUUGGAGGUCCCAAAUCAGCUGACUCUACCGGUGGUGGACAUGCUACACACACAAUCUUUGAAUGUCGGUGAUACGGCUCUAGUUAGAGUGAAAAAUUUGAACGCCGCUUGCGAAUGUUGGGUUCCCGCUCGUAUCGUCGGAGGAUUCUUGGGGUCACCAGAUCCACGUUACCCCCUUCGCCAUCGGUAUAAACUGCGUCUGUUCAGUGGUGCAAAGCAUGUGUUCAGAAGGCGUGACAUUCUACGUAUUAGUCCGUUGUUUUACAAGAGCCUCAUUGAAUAUAUCAAGACAAAACGCGGAAUCGAGGAACCUGAGUCCCCUACCGCAUCUGGUGAGGGUAAACCGCGUCCCAUCAGGAAACGCAGAAAGCGCGUACAUCCAGAACCAGAGCCUCCAUUGGUGCCACGCCCGAAACAGCGUCGGAGAAUCUAUAAGAAAGAGGUGAAACCGCCUUCUCCACAACCGAAGGGGACUCCGAAAGCUGCAGACAGCUUGAUACCAAAACCCAUGCCUAGAAGAGCACCGGAGAAGCGAGAGAAGCCGACCACGCAAUCACCAGAGCGUGUGGUACCUAUGGCGACCCCACAGAAAUCAGUAGUUGCAAGCAAACCACCUGAGAUUCCAGCGAGAGCUCCACGUGUCGCCGCUCGACCACCUGCGCCUGUCGUACCACCCCAACCCCCACCGCGGCCUGUACUAUCUAGACCAGAAUUCCCACGUGAACCGACAAAAAAGGUGCUGAAGGAGGAACCCAAACCACCCACUGCGACUGCAGUACCAAAUAAGAUGAAGGCUAAAAAGACACCGGUGAAACGAGCGAAAAAGCCCUUCACCCAAGCGAAAAUGCCCUACGGAAAAGCACUCCAUGGUGAUCAGAAGACUACUCAAGUGUCCAGCCGUGUGUCCUCUGUUGAUCCAACUGCUAUUGAGGCUUUACUAGUACUGGCUGAAGAAGUUCACCACCAAACUACCAACGACCUGGGUGAUGAGGUAUUACCACAGCGUCUGGACCAAACGGACUAUGACCAGUCAAAGGAAGUUGAGGCGAUGCAGACACCAGAAGAGACGGAAAACACUGUGUCCAUAAGGGAGGAAAGUGUUCAUGAAGCACAGGAAGAGGAUCUGUGGGGAACAGACUCAUUAAACCUUGAAAGUGAACAGCAGCCUUCUGUACAAAGUGUUCUGGAAGAGUUCGAGAAUAUGGAUAUCAUCAACCCAUAUGUUGAUAAUAUGGAUACAGGAGAAUUGCUUGCACCUCCAGCUGGUGAAACGCUGUCAUAUGGUGCACAAGUGUUAUCGAAAGAAGCAGAUCGCAGUUUGACGGAUAUACCAACGGAACCGUUAUCUGAGGUUCAUGAACCCCCAGUGGCUGUCAGUGUGGAAAUUGAAGAACCACUGGUGAAAGAUGACAUGCCAGAGCCUCAAGCUGUUUUCCUGCAUAUCGAUCGAGAUCCAGAAGUUGUAUAUGAAAUUGAAGAUGAGCUAACGGAGUCGACCAAAUCGGCAAUUGAACCUAUCACUAGGACAACUGUGCCGCAACAGGAAUAUAUUGCAACUGAUGAGGAACCAGUUGGUGAAGAGAUAUUUCGAAUCACAGAGGGCAAGUCCGACGCACUUGAAGUCCCAUCUAAGCGAAUACCUGAUGGAUACCAUGAGCAGGUACAAGACACUACAGUGAGCCAUUUGAACCAAGAGCUAGUCGGGUCAGCUGCGUCUGUGAGCUCUUCACUAGACAGUGCUGAUCUGUCCGAAGAAAGAUCUGUUCCACUAUAUGAAGCACCGCAAAUAAAACCGCAUGUGCCCGUCGAAAAGGACCGCACAGAAGAUCAAAGAGGUGCUUCAAAACUCAGGGAACUAGGGCCGGACGACCGCUCAAAGGAAGGUCUCUCGUCGCGAAUGGCACAAGUAAGCACGGCAAAACCCCCACUGCCAAGCCGUUUACAUGGCCAACCGACCAAGACAACUCCUGUCAGUAACUAUGCAAAGGAAGAGAAAGUAUCUGCGAAAACAUUGCGAAAACAACUACAGGAUGCAGACAGCGAACGCACGGCAACUCCGGUGGGCGGUGAAGUGCGAUCGAUGGAAGUGCUUGCUGAGAGCAAGGGAUCAGUUGAGACUGUAUCCAAGCAGCAGAAAAAUGCACAUUUGAAAAGGGCUGCGGCAUCUAAAAGCCCGCAAAGAGCUGCUGUUCGAGAGCAAUCGAAGAAGCGAAUGCAUGACGGCACACAUAUAUCAGAUUCAUCAUCAGUAACGCAUCUGUCAUCUGUCAGUAGCGAAGCGCCUGAUUAUGUAGAAGAUGUUACACAGGGAGGGACGCAAGUUGUGGUGAUCAACCUAUCUGAUACAAAUGAAUUUCCACAACAGAGGCUGGCGCGAGAUAAUGUCUUUAGUGAACAGCUAUAUGACGAAGCUGUGAAAAGUAAAACAUCGGGGACCAUCUCACCCCAUGGUUUACUUGAGUUGCACCAAAGUGCUGAAUCUGUUGCUGAUCACGUAACUCGACUUGAUUCAAUAGAUGAUGAGACAGGUGCGAGAACACAAUUUACACCGAAGGAGACGGCUGGAUCCGUGCAAAAACUGCCACCUAACAGGAGGGAAGAUUUGUCAUCUGAAUCGAUGGCACGAAGCACAACUAUACCGCAGUACCUAAGCGAACCAGAAGCUCCAAAAGAGCACUACACUCACGAUGAAACUGGUGUGCAGCAAAUAACUGGUAAGGUUACCCAAGAAGAUAUAGGGCAAUUUGGAGCGGCGCAGCAAGUGAAGCCGGCUGGAAUUCCGCUGGAUGGAGAGCCAGGUGAACUUGGAAUUGAUACAGCUACUGCGAUAGCAAUUGCGCGAACCGGGUCGACGGAAAAAAGACGACCAGGCGAGGAAAUUCCAAUUCAGCCUCCCGAAUAUACCAUCGAUAAAGACCGAAGUAUGCAACACGAAACCCCAAUGACAAGCGAAUCAAAAUGGGCCAAAGAGCCACAAGUCGUCAGAAGUGAUCAUGAACCAAAAUUAGAAGAGCCUCUCAUUCGUAAACUAGAUGACAUAGAUUCAAGCAAAGUACACACGGAGCAGGAACGUGAACUGAAAUAUCAGCAGGCCAUGUACCAAAAAGACGACCAACAUACUGCAGAGCGUCGUGUGUUUGGAACGGCUCCUGUGUCAGUAGAAUCCGAGGACCGUCAAAGGCGUGAGGCGCUAGCAACGAAAUCCGACGAUACUACGGGCUAUCUUCGAGCACCCGCGGAGAGUGUGACAAGUGGCCAAUCACUGAUCGCACAGCGCAUUCCACAAGUGCCGGAUGUGGCAACAGUGAAAGAGAGAUCUGAGGGUGAGCAGUUGGUUCUUCCGACUGGAGAAGUUGUGCGCGGCAGUGUGGAAGCGGGUCGCGAACCUGUACCACCAUACGAUGAGGCGCAUCGAAUGGCGAUAGAGCCGGGAAUUGCAGAGGGUGGUACGUUUGGAACGGCUCCUCUGUCAGUGGAAUCCGACUACCGUCAAAGGAGUGAAGCGCUAGCAACGAAAUCCGACGAUACUACGGGCUAUCUUCGAGCACCCGCGGAGAGUGUGACAAGUGGCCAAUCACUGAUCGCACAGCGUAUUCCACAAGUGCCGGAUGUGGCAACAGUGAGAGAGAGAUCUGAGGGUGAGCAGUUGGUUCUUCCGACUGGAGAAGUUGUGCGGGGCAGUGUGGAAGCGGAUCGCGAACCUGUACCACCAUACGAUGAGGCGCAUCGAAUGGUGAUAGAGCCGGGAAUUGCAGAGGGUGGUACGUUUGGAACGGCUCCUCUGUCAGUGGAAUCCGACUACCGUCAAAGGAGUGAGCGCUAG